AUGCCAGCUACCAUCAAAGCCCAUCGUGCAAGUCGUGUGAUUGUCAAGAAAGACACCAAGAAGGUGGCAAAGAUUCUUGCUGGUCAUAAGAAAGCUGCAUUCGAGAGCCACAUGUUUGUCACAAAGAUGACACAGAUUCUUGCGGCCAAACAACAAGGACUUCCUGCCAAAGAUCACAUGGUUGUAAAAAGCUCCAAGCAUGCCCAGAGGGCGGCAGCAUUCCGCCGUAAACAAAAAGAAGAUGGCAAGCAAUCCAUGCUUGUCCUGUCAAACAAGCCAUGUGUUGGACCAACCGAAGCUGAAGUGAAUGAGUGGUUUGAAGACAAAAGGGAGCGACAAGAGGAAGCUAAAUAUAUUCACCAAGCCUUCAAGGUAUGGCACAAGUUCUCUUCCGACGAACAGCCUCCCCUCAACUCUUUUAUGUGUCAAUAUCUACUGUGUGUCUCUUGCAAUGCCAAUGUGGUUAGAGCCGCUUUCCGCCUUUUCGGGAAGGACUUCCAGAAGUAUCUCACUGAACUUCGCCCAAGGGAUUUGGCGUUUGGCCAAGAAUAUAACAUUGCCCAUCUCUGA